GAAGGACUGUUUGUGAGCAUUGCGAGCGUGUAGUAGAACGCACUUAUACGCUACUCUAAUUGAUUAGGAUUUCUGAACACACCCAAGAAGAAGAGAAUAUAUUCGUGGUCAAAACUCACAACAGAUAAUCCUGAUUGUCAUUUCGCAAGAAAACAUGACGGAUAAUAAAAGUGACAAGACAAAGGUCGAUCUCGGAUUACUCGAGGAAGACGAUGAAUUCGAAGAGUUUCCCGCGGAAGAUUGGACCGCAAAGGACGAAGACAGCGAGGAUAUCAGUGUUUGGGAGGACAAUUGGGAUGAUGAUGACGUUGAAGACGAUUUUAACCAACAGUUGAGAGCACAGCUAGACAAACAGAAAACUAUAAACGAAGGGUCCAAGGAAAAUUAAGUGGUAGAUUGUAAUUUUUAAUUUUAUCUUAUAUAAAUAAAUAUGUAAUUCAACAUUUAAGCUUA